UUGUGUUGGUGUUUUAUCAUCAUAAUCUAACUUGGUUUUAAUACGAGCCAUGGGUUACAAAUUACAUGGUAAAUGAAUCUAGUCUAUAAACUGAAAUCUGACCAAAUGAUGCAUCAAAAUUCUUUCAUAUACCUUCCCAUGGACUCGAGCUCAACCUGCAGAACUCUUCACAAUCUUUCACAAUCUUCUGGAUAAAUUCUGUUAAAGCACAUACCUCUCUAAAAGUAUAAAUAAACUUGGUCCCAUCUUGAAAGUUUUUAUAUAAAUAUGUUUUUGGACAUGUCUACUUCUCCAAUCUGUCCAACCACCGCCACCACCUCUGCAAAGAGUUAGCGGGAGCGAGAUCUCCUGCCAUGGCAGAGCAACCGGUUGCCGACGAACCGCUCGCCGUUCCGGCCGUCGUCUCCGUCCUCUCAGCCGUCCUCCAGCGGCAGGCGGAGCGCAACGACGCUGCCUCCGACGGCCAACGAGCUCCGUCGGCCUUCCAGGGCGUGCGGAAGCCGUCCAUCUCGGUGCGCCGCUACCUGGAGCGCAUCUUCCGCUACGCCUGCUGCAGUCCCUCCUGCUACGUCGUCGCGUACAUCUACCUCGACCGCUUCGCCGGCAGCCGCCAAGCCGUUGCCCUCGACUCCUUCAACGUCCACCGCCUCCUCAUCACCAGCGUCCUCACCGCCGUCAAAUUCAUGGACGACAUAUACUACAACAACGCAUACUAUGCAAAAGUUGGAGGGAUCAGUCUGAUGGAGAUGAACUACUUGGAAGUAGAUUUCUUGUUUGGCAUAGGCUUCGAGUUGAAUGUUACUCCUGUCACCUUCAGCUACUACUGUUCUGUUCUUCAGAAGGAAAUGUGCACGGAAUCAAUUCCUCCUCCUCUUCCUCCUCCUGCUGCUGCUGCUGCCUCAAGGUCGCUCUGUUGCUUGACUGAGGAAGAACCCAGCAGCUGCCGGCAGAAGCAGCUUGCUGUUUGAUUGGUGUUUGUAUAGACCAGCCUUUUGAUCAGCCAUAUCCUGGCUAUAUGAACACUGAUACCACUCUCUUUAAUCAUAACUAGUUUAUUCCUUUUCUUUCACUACUUUUGGCAUGUGAACCAUGACUCAACUCUUCUUAUCUUGCCAUUUCUUUUUUGCUUUGUUGGGGCUACUGUAGAUCUGUUAAUUGGUGAUGGUGUGUGCAGCACUUGAUUCCCUUGUGCAUAUUCUCCU